AGAGGAAGCCAGCCGUCCAUCUACAAUCCGCUGUGCAUUCGAGAGCGGCUGACCAGUAAGCUCGCGAGACUAUCUCCGCUCGUCCUCGCGCCGGGAGUCGCCCGUAUAUCACAGAUCCGACGGCGUCCCCACCGCCGCCGUCGAGCCACGAUCCAUCAGCGCACACGGCAGCACCGAGCGCAGGAGCAGCCACUCGAGAGCGCGGACCAGCUCGCCGUUUCGCAUCCGCGUCGUCGAGGGACAGGACAGGACGUUCGUGAGGGUCACGCUAUCGGGCGAUCGAGUCCGCGGGCGCUCCGACUCCCCCGCACGCUGCCGCGUUUGCCAGGGAAGCACUCGGCCACUCGCCACCGCCUAUCCUCCCGCCGCCUUCACCACCCCCACCAACACUGAAAAGAAUCAAGCUACCGCUACGAGUAUAUCUACGCGAGCCGUACAAGUGCAGACGGACGAGGACGACGGGAUGAAGCAUGAGCACGCGGACGUGGCCGCGAUGCGCGAUCGGUGCCGAUUGCUGGAGCGCGCCGUAAGGGAGACGCGGGAGAUGCUGAGGGCGCGGGACGGGGAGAUCGAGCGGCUGAAGCGGGAGAUGGCGCGGCUCGUGGAGGAGCACCAGCGGGAGCGGGAGGAGGACCGGCGCGCGCUGCAACAGGUGAACGCGGCGUCAUUGAAGAUGCAGGCGGAGCGCGAGCAGGGCACGCUCCGCCCGAAGCGCUCGUUUCACGUCGCGGCGAGGAACGGACGGGAGGUCGCGACGGCCGUGCCGCGCAAGGCGUGGUCGGAGGCGGAGGCCAGGGCGAGGCAGAAGAGCCUCGAGGUGUUCUGCACCAAGACCGACGAGUGGUCCGGUGCGGACGUGUGCGAGGCCGUGCGGGAUCUCAACUCGGAGGUGCUCCAGUUCGCGGCGGGCGUCUCGGAGCUGUGCGCGACGACGACGACGCGGGGAGGGGCCAGAAAUUCGCCGGCGAAACCGGCGGUGCAGGCGAUCCAGGACACGGCGGCGAGGCUCGGGCCCGGGUUCGUGCGCGUGCUCGCCAGCCGGGAUCACGGCCGGGACCCGAUCUUGGUCCAGUUCGCGCUGCAGUCGCUGUUGUCGGCGUGCGUGGCCCGGUUCUUCGCGAGCUUCUGCCCGGGGCUGGCGAGCAAGUACGACAUGCUGCUGUGCCAGAUCUACGAGCAUAUGCGCGCAACGCGGGCGCAGGCGACGUCCGCACGCUGGCGAGCGCUCACGCACCACCACAUCCGGGCGCUGUACAGGACGGUGGAGGAGCACGCGCUGAACGAGCUCGCGGCGACGAUGCUCAGGUGGACGGCGGACCUGCUCGCAGCGGCGGGAUGUCGCGAGGCGCAGGCGGCAUUUGCGGCGCCGGUCGCGCUCAAGACGCGCUUUGGGCCGCAGCUGAGGAGGAUCGUGCUCGCGGUGGGAAAGCUGGCGCAGGUGACGAGGGAGGAGAUAUUGAGCACGAAUUUCGAGGUGGGUACGGUGCCGCAAGGGACGGCGUACGAUGCGACGGAGAUGUGCGACGCGGCGGAGGACGGGGAGGCGGCGGCGGCUCAAGCUGCGGCUGCUGGGAGGGCGAAGGUAUUGUGUUGCACGGAGCUCGGGUUGAGGUGUACGACGCGGAAGGAGGACGCGGGCGAGGAAGAGGACGAGGAGGGCACGAUGGACGAGACGCUGCUGCUAAAGCCGAAGGUAGUUCUGGAGUCCAUCGUGGCAGCCCUCGACAGGUGA